AUGGCUUCGUUGCACACGGACACUCGUACACUUGAUGAGAUCUGUCCGUCGCCACCACCACCACAUCCUGCUCUCGAAAGUCUGGUACAUGCCACAGCCGAGGUUACUUUGCAAGAUGUUGACACACCGAACUCUACCGCGAAUGAGAGCACUUCUUCAAGGCUACCUGCAGUAUACAACCGAGCUCAAAUACUAAGUUUACGACGAUCCCCUCUCGUAAAACCACCCGAUGGUAUGCCCGCCCUGAAGGACUGGUUUGGAGACUGGAGCGAACAACAAACAGCACCGAAGAAGGAUUUGGAUGCAUCCAACGUCUCGAGUAAUGCUAGGGAAAGACGCUUCCGUCGAGAUCCAGAGGAUGGAGACUCUAGCAGGGCAUCCUUCCGCUCGGCACUGACACAGCCCUCGCAGAUGGGAAACUUUAGACACCAGUCGAUACGCACGACAGAGCGUGACAAGGACCGUGAUCUGGAGAGGGAGAGAGAACGAGACCUGAGGGAGAAGGAGGGUCAAGAAAGGCUGAGAAACCUGUCCGACAAAUACGAUCGGGAUCGCCUUGCACUUUCGUCUACCACCAACAAUCUCCGCAACAAGGAAAGAGAUUCUGCCCCACAUUUAGCGUCGACCGCGGCAACCAGACUCGGACAAGGGCAGAGCACAGCUACCACUCGUCGCAAUGAUCCAAGAGAGACGACCAGGCGUAAAGCCGGUGAGAGCAGCGACGACUGGAGAAGAGGCCCCGAUACUACUCGUGCCACCCGAGAAGACACUUCAGGGACGGAUGCUACCCGAAAAGACCGUGACAGACCGCGCUCUCGCGUCCGCGAAUCAUCCCGAGCCCGACGAGAGACAUCUCCGAGUAGGCGGGAUCGCGAGGACAAGGACAGUGGCCGUAGAGGUGAUGAUUUCCACCGGCGCGAAUGGGACGAUUUCUAUAAUCGAAGUGACCGGGACCGAGAUGAUCACACGAGGGACAAUCGCGACAGGUAUCGCCCCCGAGAUCCAGACCGCGACCCGGACGACGAUCCAAGACGAUGGAGAGACGAUGGCAAGCGCGAGGAACGCAUGACUGUCAGACGCGAUCGCGAGCGAGACCGUGCAUGGGACCGGCAUGAGGACCGUGAUAGAGAACGACCAGACGAGCGCGAUGGACGUACCAGGCGCGGUGGGCGCGAGAGGCGACUAGGAGGCCUUGCUGAUGAUGGAAAGGACAAGGACGAACGCCGGGACCGCGACAAGGACCGAGAGCCAGAGCCUGCGUGGAUGGAGACGUAUGUGCCGAUGACUCCUGGUGGUGGGAUCCUCGGUGGUAGGUCGGGUGACGGGGAACUGGACGGUAUCCAAGCUUGGAAGAAGGGUAUGAAGGAGAGAGAGCAACAGCAGAAAGAGAAUGGCCGUGACGUUGAAACUAGGCGGAAGUCUCAAGUCGACCAGAUAACCUCCGAUGCUGUGUCGUCUGAUCAAGUUCAGUCCCCUGCCGCACCAGAAAGUCAGCUCGACGAGAUUCAGCUCUUCAAGUUGAUGAUGAAACGUGAAGCUCAGAAGAAGGAAGAUGACAAGCCGCCGACAAGUCAGCCAGAAGUAGUCGCUGCGAACAUAGUCUCCACACAUUCAGAGACUGCCGCUGUAGCUGGGGAGUCAGAAAAGAUAUAUUCUUCUGGCAAUCUCGAUUCUCUGACAACCUCUCUGUCGCAAGCCGCUGAUACACCCCUGCAGCGCAGCACUUCGCAGUCAGCUAAGUUAGGCAACGACCCCUUCGCUACGGAUGAUCCUCAACGAAGUAGGACCACUACGUCAACUGCAAACGGCGCUCAAUCCUUUCUGUCUGCAUUGGUCUCUUCAGCACACCUUACCUCUGGUCCUCCCAAUUUCUCAACUCCUUCUCAGGAUCAAUUAUCAGCAGGCCCGCGAUUGCUGACAUCCCGUGUAAUUCCCACAGCGUCUCCCUCUGGGGUCUCACCGUCUACUACGCAUACAUCCGACAUACCUUUUGACAACAACAAUACUACACCUUCUACCUUUAACCCCCCUGCCGGUUCCCGCCUUCUCGCUUUUGGCUCGCGUGUCCCCUCAGGGGGCUCAGCGGCUGGCGAUGUCUUCCCGUCCAAAAGCCACUCCGCUCUCGACUCUGGAGUCGGUCAAUUCCCUCCCCCCGGCGUUUCUGGCGUCAACCCCCACAAAUUUGCUGGCAUACCCUCUUCCAUAUCUACGCAUGCUACUGCUCAGGAUGCCGUCUCGGGUCUUGGGGUCGACGCCCACUUCGGCACCGGUCCCAGAAACUCGCCACUGGAUACAUCUCGCGUGAUGCGAAGCUUCUCGCCACACAAUCCUCAGCAGCCGAGUAGUUCAUUUGACGAAAUGCGUGACAGCCCAGCUCUUGGUCAAUUCCAGCAAAUGAACGACCUUCGACGAGCAUCAGCUGUCGAGCGCGCUGCGUUCGGCCUCCCCAAUGAAGGCGUGAUGCCCUUCAACGAUGUAGGGGCGGGUGCUGGCGGUCUGAUGUCGGGCGGACCGCUCGACAUGUCUGGUGCCAACGUCCCUGGCGGCGCUGGUUAUGCCGCCGGUAAGGGCAGUAGGUUCGCCAAAUUUUUCGAUGCGAAGACUCGGGAUGGGCAGCCUAUGACCGGACGUAAGGGUCCUGGAUUGCCUGGAAUGCAGUCGUCUUCACCCAUUCCUGAUGGCCGACCGCUCGGAGGCGGACUGAACGGAAUACCCGGUACUAACGGGGAAGCGAGGACUAUGGAAGACAUCUUUGCUAUGCUGCAGAAUUCAACGCAGGUACAACGUCCUCCAUCGCAAAUUCCUCCCAGUGGUCGGGUGCCUUCAGGGGGUAGCCCAUUCGGCCAGCAUCCUCCUGAACUGCUAAACGUGCAGCAACAAAUGCACCCGCAGUCACAUUAUUCCCAGAACAGCCACCUCGAUGCCCUUUACGACAGCAGAUUCGAUGACAGGAAUUUCGUCCCUGACGGCAUGGUUCCCGGACUUCGUCCGGCGCCUCCUCGUUCUCGAAGCCGCGAACCGAGCGGUGUACUCUUCAACGAGCAGCUCGACGAUCCACUGCAUUUCAACGUUCGUCUGCAGCAACAACGCAAUCUCAACCUCGAACAGCUGUACAAUGGCCCCAAUCCUGCCUUGUACAACCAGCAGCAAGCUGCUCUGCUCCGCAAUGGCGGGAUACCUAUCCAACAGCAACAGUUUCGCGGCGCACCAUCACCGAUCGCAAACCAAAACACCAUGGGUGGACCCCCGCAGCGAUUGCCGCCGGGCUUGGCGAACCUUGGGGGACGGCCUCCUCAUGACCCUUCGCAAUACAUCGGUGGCCCUAUGGGCGCUAGUCUGCAGGGUGCCGGCCUGCAGGGUGGUCUGCAAGGCGGAUUGCACGGCGGUUCACCUGUGCAACAACCGUUCAACAAUUUUGUCAACGGAGGCACGCUUGGGUACGGUGUUGUUCCUCAAGCUCGUGGUCCUCCUGGACCGCAGAACCCCCUAGGCUUGCCGACGAUGGCCGGUCUUGGCUUGCAGGGUAACAUCGACCUGCGCGCUGCUAGCCAGGCGCAGCUGCUCGGCGUGGGCGGAGGACUCCGUGGCCAGGGGCCAGGAUUUGCACCUCAACACAUCCCUACUGGGCAGCCGUCUGUCGCGCACCUGGGAGUACGCCAGCAGCAGCAGCAGCAGCAACUGCCCCCUCAUAUGAUGCCCCAUAUGAUCCCGCCUCAUCUGCAGCCGCAGCACGGGCUUCCGGGAGGCAAUCCUCAAGGCGCUCAGGACUUGAUGGCGCUCCUGAUGGGCGGUCACCGAGACUAGGAGCGGACAGCAGACGCCUGGCUGCUGAGACGCUACCUCGUUCCCUGGAAUGUCGGCAUGAAUUCGAUUUUCUUGACGUGUCAAUCGUACCACCCGACGGUGGCCGGGAUGCGGUUGCAAUACGUCGCGAGCUGGUUCCUCUUAUCGGCGGUACGAAUCCCUUUUCACCCUUGGCCGUAUAUUGUCCCGAAGCUGUCUACUCUGGUACUCGUAGUGUACACAUAUUCACGUCAAUUUGCUGGACUUGCCGAGCACAAAAUUUCAGAUUGAUAUAUACCGUUUGCCGCCCCCCAACCCCCAUCCGAGCGCUUUCCAUCCUCCUUCCACAUUAAUAGACACGGCCAUUUCUCACUGUCGAAUUUCUGGACAUGGUCUGUUGUACUUUUCGCAGGACUUCAUGUGUAGUCAGUGCAGUAUCGCUUGGGAUCGCGA